GUUGCACACCGUUCUUGUCAAAAGUACAUACAUGUGUUUUUAAGCAAAACAAUUCCGAAUUCAGUGGGUGCAAGUAAUUUGUUCUUCAUUAACAAGAUGAGUACCGCUCGUGGUUCGGGUCAAACUCGUAAACGUGCUCAAAAGCAUAAAAAUUCGUUUGCUUUCAAAAAUGAUUUACAUGACAAAACACCACAAAUGAAAAAGAUCAAUUCGUUGUAUGUAUGUGAGGUGUGUGAACGUUGUAAAGCACAAAUCGAAUGGCGAAUCAAAUAUAAGAAGUAUAAACCAUUGUCACAAGCCAAAACAUGUGUAAAGUGUGGGAAUCGAACGGUAACGAAGGCAUAUCAUGUAUGUUGUAGAGAAUGUGCGUUACGUGAAAAAGUUUGUGCCAAAUGUUUAACGUCAGCCGACGAAGUAAGUAUUGAACCACCGGAAAAAACGCCCGAAGAAGAGCUCCAAGUGAAAGUUGAAAUGGAAAGUUUGAUAAAGUCGCUGCCUGAACGGAAACGUCGUACAUUCCAACGGUAUAUGAAUAAAGGCAAAGAGGUUGAUGCCAAAGCAGAAAACGAGAAACAAGAUGGUUCCACAGAAAAUGACGCUGAAACAGCGAAAAAGAAGACAUAUAUACCGCACAAUCGCGAAGAUUUAUUAAAUAAAAUUGAAGCAUUAAAAUUAGGUGGCAAUGAAGACGAUGCUGACUUUAGUUUUGAUGAAUCGGAUUUUGGCAGUGAUUUUGAUGGCAGCGAUUUUAACGAUGAUGAAGAUGAUUGAUAGCAUUUAAGCAAUAUUCUUAUAAAUUCAAAUAAUAAAAGUUAAAGUUGAAUGCA